CACAGAGGGACUGCUAUGCGGCGUGCACGCUAGGAGCUGGCACCCAGGCUGACGGUCGCCGCUUCGAUGGGCAACACGAGCAUCACAGAGGGCAAGACUGCCCUGGCAGUGGGAAGCACCUCCAUCGCCAGGGGAAAGACUACUGUCUCUUUAGGAAAUUCCUCAAUUUUCAGGGGAGUGACCACCACCUCCAUGGGAGAUUCCACCAUCCAAAGGCAAAAGACGACUGUGGCUCUGGGACGGGCCAGCUUCAGCCGGGGAACCACCACCACCUCCAUCCGCAAAGCUCUGACGGGCAAGCGCAGGAACACCUAGAUGGAAACGUCGCCUGAAGCCGGCACAAAGGCAGCCAAGCAGUUCAAAAAAGACUCUAACAAUGAGUGGAAAACUACAUUCACAUCGAGCAAGACCUCCUUUACCAAAGGCAGGUUUUUGAUCCAGAGGACCAAGUACUUCAUCUCCUGGGGGAAAUCCGCAAUCUCCUGGAGCAGAACCAUUGUAACUUUGGGCAACGCCGGCACAAGGGUGGUAAAGACCUCGGUGACACGAGGGGAGACCACGAGCUCUCUCAUCACUCUGACCUUCACCUAUGGGACCAAGUCAGUGUCUGUGGUCAAAACCACCCUUGUCAGGGGCAAAGAAACACACAGCAACGUCUACUGGGACUUCCACACAUGAACCCUGCACACAGUUACAAAGCCAUGGAUAUGUCUAUGUGGUCAGUUUUAGAAGGUCAGUAGCAACGGUCAAUAAAAUAUGAGCUGCUAUGUUUAAGAGGAAUUGUUCAUUGCAAAAUAAAAAAAUAAAAACGUAGCUUCCGGCAUUAAAACACACACA